UGGUGGGAUUCCGACCACAAUAACCUCAUAAACCCCGGAUCUCGGCCAAUUUCAUUACAAUCACCUUCUUGAUCAGAUCGAUCUUCAAAAAUUGGACGAAAACCCAUAAACGAUCAUGUCGAUCAAACCAAAACCCUCUUCCAAAUUCUUCAUCUUCACCUUCACCCUCCUCUUGCUCCUUAGUUUCUUCAUCACCAUUGCCCGUUCGUCGGAUGCCACCGUCGCCAGCGAUGAACCCAGAUGGGAUGAAGAAUCAGAUGAUCUGGAGCAGCUCCUUUCGGUGGACGAAGAAGUCCAGGAGGAGCGACCGGAGCAGCAAUCGGAAGCGGAAAUGGUGAGCAGGGCACAGAGGAUCGUCCUCGAGCUCAACGGCGACAACACGAAGCGCGCGAUCGAUGGGAACGAGUACGUGAUGGUCCUAGGUUACGCGCCGUGGUGCCCGAGAAGCGCGGAGCUGAUGCCGCGAUUCGCGGAGGCGGCGACGGCGUUGAAGGAGAUGGAUAAUCCGGUUCUGAUGACGAAGAUCGACGCCGAGAGGUACCCGAAGGUCGCGUCGGAGCUCCAGAUCAAGGGCUUUCCGACGCUUUUGCUCUUCGUCAACGGCACUUCUCAUCCUUAUACCGGUGGAUUUUCAGCGGAGGAUAUAGUCAUCUGGGUGCAGAAAAAGACCGGUGUGCCUGUCACUAGAAUAAGUUCAGUUGAUGAAGCCCAAGGAUUUCUGAAGAAGUAUCAUACUUUCAUUGUUGGCCUCUUCAAUAAAUUUGAGGGUUCUGAACGUGACGAGUUUGUAAAAGCAGCGACCUCGGACAAUGAAAUUCAGUUUGUUGAAACAAGCAACACCGAUGUUGCCAAAGUUCUCUUUCCUGAUAUCAAAACCGAUGACGUUUUCAUUGGAAUGGUCAAAAGUGAGCCUGAAAGGUACACUGCAUAUGAUGGGCCUUACAAAGGGGAGAAGAUACUAGAGUUUCUGGACAACAACAAGUUUCCAUUGAUUACGAGAUUGACCGAGACCAAUUCUGUUAGGGUUUACUCCAGUCCGAUCAAGCUUCAGGUUAUGGUCUUUGCCAAAGCUGAUGACUUCGAGGGUCUUGCUCAGCCGCUCGAAAAUAUUGCAAGAAAGUUUAAAUCUAAGCUUAUGUUUAUAUAUAUCGACAUUGCAAAUGAAGACCUCGCUAUGCCAUUCUUGACCUUAUUCGGGAUAGAAGAAGCAAAUAAAAUUGUAGUUGCUGCAUUCGACAAUAAUCUAAGUUCCAAGUAUUUGCUAGAAUCAGGCCCAUCACCUAGCAAUAUAGAGGAAUUUUCUUCUGGACUCGUGCAUGGAACUGCUUCGCUUUACUAUAAGUCACAGCCAGUGCCAGAUAACCAAAAUGCAAGUGUAUUGGCUGUGGUCGGGAAGACUUUUGAUGCGAUGGUCAUGAGCAGCCCCGAGAAUGUUUUUCUCGAGGUGUAUACACCAUGGUGCAUGAACUGUGAGGCAAUGAGCAAGCAAGUAGAGAAGUUGGCUAAACACUUCAAGGGCUUUGAGAACUUAGUCUUUGCAAGGAUAGACGCCUCUUCAAACGAGCAUCCGAAGCUCCUCCAGGUAGAUGAUUAUCCAACAGUCUUGCUCUACAAAGCCAGAGAAAAGGAAACACCGUUGAAGCUUUCGACGAAAUCAAGUGCAAAGGAGAUGGCGAUUUUGAUCAACAAAGAGCUGAAUGCUAAGAAGGAACAGAGUGCUAAAGAUGAACUGUAGAUGCUCUUAGGGAUUCCAGUCGUCAAAAACGUUCCUGGAAAUAGUUGAAUGAGAGAGACUUACAAGAGGUAGAAAUCAUGAGAUGUAACGUUAAGUAUAUACUUUUUUAUUUUUUUUAAAUCCUUUUGACUUUUAGCAACUGUCGCAAUUUUUGCAAGAGUUGGGUGUGGUUUUUUCCUUGGAUCGGUAUUAAAUGGAAAAAAAAAAUUAGAUA